AUGCGUAGCUUCGGUGUGCUUUUAGCCGGACUGGCGCUGGUGUGUGCCGCCAGCGGCUGCGAGGCGUACUCGCUGCACAGCUCUAGCGCCUCCUUGAUGGAAUUCCCGCUCUUCAAGAAAUCCGCCACAAAGACAGAGGACAAGGCUAAGGACAAAUCUGGCGGCAAAAAGAAACGCGGCCUCUGGUCGAAGCUGCGCGGCUCCGUGAAGCGAAAGCGAGAGGCGCAGCAGCCCGCGGAGGACAGCGACGACGAAAACCCCGAGGAGUUCAAAAAGAAACGCAAGCAAAGCUGGAUCGAACGCAGGAAACACAAGAGACAGAAACGCACACACAAGGAGAGGAAAACAGACGACUCGCGUGUCGACGAGUCUAGCUCGGACGAAGAGGAGCACGGGCAUCAGCGCCAUCACAAGGAUGUCACCGACGAGAUCCACGAGCACAUCGAGGAGGACCAGAGAGAGCCUAGUCACGUCGAACCGGAGGUGAAGGAGGCCCUGCGGACCAUAUCCUCUACCGUCAAGAGGAGCCUGAUCAGCUCCAUUGCCGACGACAUCGACCACGCAUGGAACAAGCUUUUGGGGAGGCACAGAAAGUGA